AUGCGACCAUCACAUCGCCUCUUCUCUCGUCUUCUUCUUUCUCCGGUGAAGGGUUACAGCAGAGCGACAAAUGUAGGUGGAUCGCUUCACUCAUUGCUACAACUCAACGAGAAAAACGAUGGGUUUGAAGAGACUCAUCGGAGGAGUUUCAGCGCUCUUAUCCGUUCCUGUCCGCAGUUAAGAGGGUUUCUAUCUAGUCGAGGUCUAGGUGUACGAUGCUCUGUUUCGCUCGAUCCACAUACUUCUCUCCGGAUUAGUGUUGGUAUAACAGAUUUGUUCACGCGGGCUAAACAAGUCAAACGAAUUGAGAUCAAUGAUCAACAUAGUCAAAGAGCUGUCACUACUGCACUGUGGUGCAAUUUCCUUGUGUUUUCUCUCAAAUUUGGGGUUUGGUGGACAAGUUCUAGCCAUGUCAUUAUGGCUGAAGUUGUUCACUCCUUCGCUGAUUUUGCUAACCAGGCACUUCUUGCUUAUGGGCUCAGUAGCUCAAGGCGUGCACCAGAUGCACUUCAUCCCUAUGGCUACUCAAAGGAAAGGUUUGUAUGGUCUUUGAUAUCUGCUGUUGGCAUCUUUUGCCUGGGGUCUGGUGCUACCAUAGUUAAUGGAGUACAGAACUUGUGGACUUCUGAGCCACCUCCAAAUAUGGAAUAUGCUGCUGUGCUUUUUCUUAAUCUUGCUAUGCUUCAAGCUUACAUUCUCAGGGUUGUAGAUGCUCUAUAUGAUUGCAAAAGUGAAGUGAUUGGUCCUGGAUCCUUCAGAUUUAAAGCUGAAAUAGAUUUCAAUGGGCAGGUUGUUGUCCAAAACUAUCUGAAGAGAACUAGGCGUGACGAGUGGUCAAAACUGUUUCGCGAGGCUGCAGAGAAAGGAGAUGAUUCUGCAAUGCUCAAUAUUAUGUCAAACUACGGUGAGGAAGUUGUAACGGCUUUAGGAAGUGAAGUAAUCCGGUUAGAGAAACAGAUCCGAGAGCUUGUCCCUGGAAUCCAGCACGUGGACAUUGAAGCACACAAUCCCAAAGACCAAUCUCUAUGA